AUGGUGGAAGAAUCGAGCAACAUGGAUAAGAGGAUAAACGGAAACCAGGAGGCUGAGGUGAGGAAGGGGCCAUGGACUAUGGAAGAGGACCUCAUCCUCAUAAACUAUAUAGCCAACCAUGGAGAGGGAGUAUGGAAUAAUCUUGCCAGAUCUGCAGGUUUGAAGAGAACAGGGAAGAGCUGCCGGCUUCGAUGGCUGAACUAUCUGAGGCCAGACGUGAGGAGGGGGAACAUAACGCCGGAGGAGCAGCUGCUGAUCAUGGAGCUUCAUGCCAGAUGGGGAAACAGGUGGUCAAAAAUUGCAAGGCAACUUCCAGGGAGGACUGAUAAUGAGAUCAAGAACUACUGGAGGACUAGAAUUCAGAAGAAGGUUAAGAAUGGCGAUGCAGCCGAUUACUCGAGCCAAAUGAUCAUUGAUGAGGCCAGCACAAGCCAUACAAGUAGCAUUGAAGAAGGAAUAGCUCAGCAAAGUUAUCCCGUUCACCCAAAUACAAAUCCUGAAGGUUAUCCUCCUUCAUACAACACUGGUGAAUUGGGAGAGAACUUUUGGAGUGUGGAGGAUUUCUGGUCAAUCCAAUCUGACCAAUCUCUUAAUGGUGAUUAA